AUGACUGUUGCAGACAUCUUUUCCAUUGACGAGCGCCUCCAGCAGCAGCACGACAACUUCAUGCGCCAGCCCAAUCCUGACUACGCUGCCAACCCCAUGGCCGACUCGCGCUACGACACCGACUCAGAGCCCGAGCCCAAGCACGAGCCCGAACACAGGCACUGCGCUACCCCGCCCACCCAGCCGCGCCGACUGUUGUACAACAAGACCAUUCCCGUCGGCUCGCCCGCCCAGCGUCCUGCCGCCCCUUCGUCGUACCCGGGCUUCUUCUCAGCCUUUCGCGGAUCGUACCCCCCUGCCAAUGCCAACACCGUGUCGCGCGGCGGUCCCGACGGCGGUCUCGCCGAUGGUCCCAGGGAGAUUAACGUCCAUGGCGAAAUCAUCUCGAUGCUCGACAAGAACGGUACCGGAUGGACAAGACACACCCGCGUCUACGGUGGUGGUGGCUGCAACACCUUUCCUCCUACUCCUGAACCCAGCUUCUACGCUCCUUUCCCAGAAGAGACGCGGUAA